AUGAAGUCUCGCCGGGCUGCGGUCUACCUCACCAAGCACCUUCCACUGUCUAAAAUGCAGAGGGUGCCCUUAGUGCGCGCGAUAUUAAAGACUACGCAGGUCAUGGACGGUUACUUACUCAUCGCUUCAUCGUAAUUCAAAAUCACACAAAGUGCAAUUCGUAGUUCAUUAUGGCUUCUCUACCUGACGUCAACAGUCUUAACUCCCUCCCCGUGGAGCAACAGACCAAGGUCCUAGAUGCGCUCUUCGAGCCGAGCCCCGCGAUUCACGCCUUUCUGCUGCCCUCUAUUUCCACAACAUCUUUCCAGUCUUACGACGAGUUCAUCAAUCAAGCUCAAAAGAUAUUCGAGGCUCUUGCGGCGGACCCUACACAAAAGGCUCAGCUCCACUCAAUCAUCGGCUCACACCCGCGUCUCGGGGCCAAGAAGGUUGAGAGUGCUCAGUCCGCCGCAGAGCAAGCACAGCUCCAGAGCGGAGACGCCGCAGAGCUGGCUGCGCUGAACGCCGAGUACGAGGAAAAGUUCCCAGGCCUGCGUUACGUGGUAUUCGUCAACGGUCGAGGUCGGCCGGAAAUUAUGGAAAACAUGCGUGCUCGUAUCUCCCGUGCUGACUUGGCUCUUGAGGAACUCGCUGCCAUACAGGCAAUGUGUGAUAUUGCCAAAGAUCGUGCCGCUAAGCUCCUGGCUGCUUCGGUCUGAACGGUUCAGAGAUAUCUCAGAGACAUUUUUUCGAUCAAACAAUCGGAGUCAUUUCCUAGAAAAAGAAUUUCCAA